AUGCUAAUUAUUUUAAAAAUCAAUAAUCAGAGGGCUAGGCAAUUCCUCAUUGUUCAAGAAGUAGGCAAGUCGGCCAAGCCAGGGUGGCAGGCUGUCCAGGCUCGGUCCAUCAUAUCGAAGGUUUCCUUUAAGAUCAUGCUAACAUCUGACCCACAGCUGCCAUACAAAGUACUCAGUGUUCUUGAAAGUUCAUUUUUCACAGCAGUCUUAAAGUUUGCAGCUGAAGAAUUUAAGGUUCUUCCAGCAACAAGUGCAAUUAUUACCAAUGAUGGAAUAGGUAUAAGUCCUGCACAGACUGCUGGAAACAUUUUUCUAAAGCAUGGUUCAGAAAUGAGAAUUAUCCUUAGAGUCCAUGUUGGAAGUUGCUAA